UGCUGGUUACUAGCUUCGCUUUCGUCCCAGUUCACCUAAGCGGGUGCUCUUCCUCCGCAAGCCGUUCUAGGAAUUCGCCUGCUUCCGCCUCAGGUCCCUUGCCUUCCUUUCUAAGCUUUCAUCCACUGCACCGCCCCCUGCGUCCCGCUCCCUCCUAGCUGACCCAGAGCUAGAGAUCUCAGCCUGUGUGGAGAGGUUGUUGUGGAAGCCACCUGUAAUUCAUCUACCAGAUUUAUGGAGGAGCCUACAAAUGGUGGAAGUCAUUCAGAAGAACUGUUUUCCCAUUUUAAAAUUAGAUUGGAGAGAGAACAUGUACCACAGCACACCAGUGAAAGUCAUCUCAGCUGUGUAAAGCAGGGCAUCCUAAAUGUAAAGACUGAGUUGGAAGCAACAUUUAAGGAAGCCGAAUUGGCAGCCUUUUCUAUGGAAUUACUUUUACCAUUAUUUAAGGACACCGUUGAAGAAAUUAGUUUUGAAAAUGCUGAUCUUUCUCCAUCCAAUUUGAAGAAGAUUUUUAAACAGAAGGAAAUAUUAACAAAAGAAUUAGAUACAUUUAAACGCGCAAAACAAGCUUUAGAACAUCUUCUUAGAAAGCCAGAAUACCAACAAGUAGAUGACACAGAUUUAUCCAGCAUGUUAGAGAAGCUAAUUGAUAAUGAAAGUGAAAAUACUGAUCUUAAGAAGAAGGUAGUUGAAAAGGAGGCCUAUAUCCAAGAACUUUCUUGUUUGUUUCAGAAUGAAAAGGCAAAUGCUUUGAAAGCCAACCGUUUUGCACAAUCAGUUAAAGUCGUGCAUGAACGACUACAACUCCAAAUCCAUAAAAAGGAAGAGGAGAAUGACAAAUUAAAAGAAUAUAUAAAGAGCUUAGAGACCAGGAUAUACCAAUGGAACUUGCAAUUGAAAAAGAAUAAGCAUGAGACUGUAGCAAUGAAAGAAUUGAGUAGGCAAAAAACUAGUGCCCUGAAAAAGGCAUCUAAAAUUUACAAACAAAGGCUUGAACACUUUACAGGAGACAUUGAAAACCUUACUUCCCAGAUUCGAGAGCAGGAAGCCAAGUUGUCUGAAGCAAUUUCAGCUUCCAAUGCCUGGAAAAGUCAUUAUGAGAAAAUUGUAAUAGAAAAAACUGAAUUGGAAGUUCAGAUUGAGACAAUGAAAAAGCAAAUCAAUAAUCUUUUGGAAGACCUGAAGAAAAUGGAGGACAAUGGAAAAAAUUCAUGUGAAGAGAUUCUUAAAAAACUUCAGUCAAUUGAAUAUGAAAGUGAAAGUCUGAAUCUUGAGAAUACAAAAUUAAAGACAACACUUGCUACUUUGAAGGACGAGGUUGUUUCUGUUGAAAAUGAACUCUCAGAAUUGCAAGAAGUAGAAAAACAGCAGAAAACACUCAUUGAAGUAUAUAAAACUCAGAUACAAAAGUUGCAAGAAGCAGCUGAAAUGGUGAAAAGCAGAUGUGAAAAUUUGCUAAGUGAAAAUAACCUAAUAACAAAAAACAAAAAUAAAAAAUUAGAGAAGUUUGAUGGAAAUCACAAUCUUCUGACAAAGCUUUCUCUGGAAGAAGAAAAUUAUCUUAUUCAGUUGAAAUGUGAAAACCUUAAACAAAAAUUAGAACAGAUGGAUGCAGAAAAUAAAGAGCUUGAAAAGAAGCUGGAGAACCAAGAAGAAUGUCUUAAGCAGAGCAAUCUUCAGUUUAAAGAGAAGUCUGCAGAGUAUACAGCAUUGGCUAGACAGCUGGAAGCUGCUUUAGAAGAAGGGAGACAAAAGGUUUCUGAAGAAGUAGAGAAAAUGUCAUCUAGAGAGAGGGCUUUACAAAUUAAAAUACUAGAUCUGGAAACUGAGCUUAGAAAGAAAAUUGAAGAACAAAACCAACUUGUUUGCAAAAUAAACAGUGAGCUGGAGACUCCAUGAAAACAAAUUUUUCAUUCCCAAGUGUGUGAAAAAUUGAAAUCUGAAAGGUUCAAAAGUUGAAUGAUUUUUUUGACGUGCAAUACUAGUUUAAUUUUUAUCACUUUGAAUUUAGCACAGGCCUUCUCUUUAUUUCUAAACUUGUUUUUUUACUCACCAUCAGAGUUGCUGAUACUGUAAAUACAUGUUUUUUGUGUGUAUUUAAAGCUUCUGAAAAAAUAAAAUAAGUACACUAAGCUGAGAUGGGUUUUGUUAUAAUGCUCCCAGUACUUGGCUAAGGCUGCCAGAAAUGAAUAGAUUUAAGAUUUAAUGUUUUAUUAAACCUGAUAAUUUUUACAGUAGUGAAAAUCUAGAAUUCUAAGCAUAGAUUUAGACAUUGCUGAAAAAUGAGUUUAUGUAUCCUGUCCCUUCAAGGGGACAGUUCAGGGGGCAGUUCAGUGUUUGUUUUUGUGUACACUCCUUAGCUGCAGUUGAACCGUGGCACCCUGAGAGCCUGUCUCCUGACUGACUAUGCCCCGGGUCUCCCACAGGGCCCGGUCCACAGCAGCAGGCCUCCGCAGACUCUCUGCCCAGGUGUUCCGGUGGGGGGCAGAGUGGAUGCACAGGUUCAGGCCGCCCUUCCUGAAGCCUGAAAUGAGAUCGGAGUCUUAUGUGUUAUCCUGGAACAGAUGCACAUUUUGCAUUCUACCCAACAAUAUGUGUGUUUGUAAUAGUAUUUUCCCUCCAAAAUGUUGAGUAAAAUUGAUGUUCCACAAAGA